AUGGUUAACAUGGACGACAAGCCAAACGGCUCAACAGCCAGUAAUGGCAACGGCAACGUUACGACCAAUGGCACGACCAAUGCCACGAUCAACGGCACUGCCAACGGCACUGCCAACGGCACGAUGACUCCAGAGAACAACAACGAGCAGCAGCAACAGCAGCAUCUGACGCCGAGCUUGUCGGCUCUGUCUUUGUCGGAGAUGACGGUGCCAUCGUCGCCAUCGACGGACGAGCGGGCGGCGCGGCUGCGCAAGAUCGUGCCGGAGGAGUUUAUCCUGCCUAACGGGCAUCCGGAUUACCUGCGCCUGAUCCUGACGUCGCGGGUGUACGAGGUGUGCAAGGAGACAUCGCUGACGCACGCGGUCAACCUGAGCAACCGACUGGAGUGCAACGUGCUGCUAAAGCGGGAAGAUGAGCAGCCGGUGUUUAGUUUCAAGCUGCGUGGCGCCUACAACAAGAUGGCCCACCUGGACCCAGCCGAGGCGUGGCGCGGGGUGGUGUGCUGCUCAGCGGGCAACCACGCGCAGGGGGUAGCAUACUCAGGACGCAAGCUGAAGAUCCCGGCGACGAUUGUGAUGCCCGAGGGCACGCCGAGCAUCAAGCACCUGAACGUGUCACGGAUGGGCGGCAACGUGGUGCUGCACGGGGCAGACUUUGACGCGGCCAAAGAGGAGUGUCUGCGGCGGGGCACGAUCGGGCUGGAGCUGCUGCGCCAGACGAACAUCCAGCGGCUGGAGGCGGUGUUCUGCUGCGUCGGUGGCGGCGGUCUGAUUGCGGGCGUGGGCGUGUACAUCAAGCGGAUCGCACCGCACGUCAAGGUGAUCGGUGUGGAGGCGGCCGAUGCGAGCGGGAUGGCACAGUCGCUGGCUGCUGGUCACCGGGUGAUCCUGAGCGAGGUCGGCCUGUUUGCCGACGGGGCCGCAGUCAAGGCCGUGGGCGAGGAAACGUUCCGGAUCUGCUCCGAGGUGGUGGACGAGAUCAUCCAGGUGUCGACAGACGAGACGUGCGCGGCCAUCAAGGACGUGUUUGAGGACACGCGGUCGAUCGUGGAGCCAGCCGGCGCGCUGGCGCUCGCAGGCCUGAAAAAGUACGUGGCCCAGCACCCGUCAGCCGAUGGACGGCGCUCGCUCGUGGCCGUGACCAGCGGCGCCAACAUGAACUUUGACCGGCUGCGCUUCAUCGCCGAGCGUGCAACCCUGGGCGAGGGCAAGGAGGCGCUGCUGGCGGUGCGCAUUCCCGAACGGCCAGGCUCGUUUGCCGAGCUGAUCGAUGCCAUCAUGCCGCAUGCCGUGACCGAGUUCAGCUACCGGUAUGCGUCACCGGCCGAGGCCAACGUGCUGCUGGGCCUCUCGCUCACGGCCCCGGCAUCACAGCGCAGCCGUGAGCUCGUCAGCCUGCUCGGCCGCAUCACCGAAGCCGGCAUGCAGCCUACUGACGUAUCUGGCGAUGAACUUGCCAAGAGUCACGUGCGCUAUCUUGUGGGCGGCCGUUCCGCCGUUGCCGACGAGCGCCUCUACAUGUUCAACUUUCCCGAGCGCCCCGGCGCCCUCAACGCCUUUCUCGCCACGCUUCGGCCCCGCUACAACAUCAGCCUGUUCCAGUACCGCAACGAGGGCAGCGACAUCGGCAAGGUCCUCACCGGCAUCCUCUGUCCGGCCGCCGAGGUCGCCGAGCUCGAGAUCUACCUCCGCCAGAUCGGCUAUCCCUGGGUCGACUGCACCGAGAGCGCCAUGUUCAAGACGUUCUUGCGGACGUAG